AGAGCCUGGUGGUUUCAAGAUGGCGGUGGGGCUGGUGCAGGUGGUGUGAGGUGGGAGUGCGUUGUCGCUGCCGCCCGUGCCUCCGCUUCCCCUCCCCGGUUCUGCUCCCCGCCCCGCGGCCGGUGGGAUGCUGAGGUCCACCGGCUACUUCCGCGGUAUCGACUGCCCCUUCCUCAGCGCCGGGAGGUCGGGGCCGGGUGGGGGCUUGCCCUGUCGCCGGCCCUACUGCCACUUUCGGCAUCCCCCGGUGGCGGCGGCGGCGCGGUGCGGAGCCUUCGGCGGCCCCGGCGCGGGGGUCGCCAUCGGCCACGGCGCAGAACGAGGGUAUGAUCCCUACAAUCCAGAGCUUCCAAGGCCCUCGCUGGAGGCAGAGGAUGGUUCUCUGGCUGACAUUACAGAUGUGGCACCUGGUAUUCUGGAGCUGGAGCUGGUCAACAAAGCAAUUGAGGCAGUCAAAAAUGAAGUUGAGAGAGAGCAGAAAAAGUAUGAGGAGCUGCUAGGAACGACGAAGGACUUCAGUGCUUCAGAGGCCUCCUCGCUCAUUUCAAAUACACCUGUGUCAGCUGCUGGGACACAAAAUGAUUCAUUUACCUCCUUAGAAUAUAAUCUGGGUAGUUACAACUUUAAUAAUAACUCAGACUACAACCCUAUGCCUCUCGCUGCUGCUAGCUGGUCAAGUAAAUACACUUUGGGUACUUCCCGAUCUAAAGGUAGCUCAUUGGAAUAUGUUCCCAAGGCUGUAGUACAGAAUAAAAAAUAUAGUAUCACUGUCACUAGCAAUAAAUAUGUGAUCGAUGACUCUAAGCCUUCUACAGACUUGGAGUAUGACCCACUUUCAAAUUACUCAGCCAGGCUUUUGAGCAAAGCUACAACAAAGGAGCCAAAGGGGUCUAAAAGGGGUAGGGUGUCUAGUUAUGAGGAAUCCUAUUCUCCAUUGCGAAAGAAGCUCUGUGAAGUAGCUGAUGACUAUGGAGUGUGUGCCAGGUUCUCUUCCUCUGAAGAUGAGGCUGAUGUGGAACACAAGCCAACUUCUGUUAGUUCACAAUCAAAAGCUGGUUCUGAAAGUGAAUCAAAUGACGGGUUAUCCAACAAAGAGCAGAGCACCAAACUGGAUGACUUUGCUUCCCAGGAUAGCAAAGAAGCGGCACCACAAUAUGACAUGGAAGAACUUCCAAGCCCACAGAAAAAUCUUGCCAAAAACUUAUCAGACAAGAAUGCAAAAGCAGCAAAAUCAUGUUCUGGUAGGAAUGACCAGGAAAUUGAAAAUAGAAACAAAGACUCAAAAGACAAAACAAAAAGGAAGAAAUCAGAUGUCAGUAAAACACCUGGCCUCAGUGAGGUUGGUAAGAAGGAGAAAAGUAAAAAUACAGAGAAAGACAAAAUGCUCAAGAAAGAAGAAAAAUUAAAAACCAAGAACGAAGAGGAAAACUGCAAAGAUAAAAGUGUCAAAGUGAAAACUGAUGGGAAUUUAAAGAAACCUGAAAAACAAAAGUCAGAAAAAGUAGAUGGGCUUAAUAAAGAAAAAUCUAAGUCCACCAGCAGUAGUUCAGGGAAAAACAAGAGCGAGGGUGUUGUCAAAUGCUCUAGUACAGAGAAGCUGGGGAGCAGCAAGAAAGAUUCCAAGCUGAAAACAGCUGAUAUGAAAAAUGGUAAAGAAACCUGUGAUCGUAAAAACAAAGAGAAAGAGACCAAGACUCCAGCACUAGAGCGAAAGAAAGAAAAGGUCAGUUCUACAGAAAAAGGAGAUCCAAAGAAGGGUUGGAAGCAGCAGAGCUUGAGUCAUGUUGACCUGUUUGGCGAUGAGAGUGGAGAUGAUGAUGACAAAGGCCAGCCUUUGCCACCCACACUACUUGAUGUGAGCUCGGACUCGGAUGGUGAUGACUGUGGUUCAGACUCUGAGAGUGAAAAUGAAGGGACAAAGAAAGUGAAGCACUCUAAGUUGUCAAAGUCAUCAUCAUCUUCCUCAACAUCUGAUGACAUUGAUUAUUCCAUCCUUGAGAAAGAUGUGGACUUUGAGUCAGAUACAAUGGAAGAGUGUCUCAGGAUUUUUAAUGAAUCUACAGAUGUGAAAACUGAAGACAAGGGAAGGCUGGGGAAACAGCUAUCCAGAGAGGAAGGGAAUGAAGAAAAGACAGAAGAUAAUUUAACUACCUUGUUUCCUGGCCAAAAAAGAAGGAUCUCUCAUCUUGUCAAACAAGGAAAUGCAGAGGUCCCGAGCAAGCCCGUAGUCCGGCCAUACCGUCCCCCCGCCGCUCAAGAGGUCUGUUACCAGAGGAUCCAGCUGGCUCAGCAGCAGGCAGCACAGCUGGCUGUGGCUGUUCAAAAGGCCUCUCUCUUCUUGCCAGGAGAAAAGAGGAUUGCUCACGUGCCAAAUGCAGCCCUUUCCACAGCAGCCAAACAAAGCCUCAUGAGUGGUAAGAUGACUGUGGCUGGCAGGAGUGUCACACCUUCCAAUGACUCUGAAGCAUCCACCCUUUCUCUGAAGGCUUGCACCUUAGCUGGGAUGGCUUCAAAGACCACCAGCACCAUUGUGCCCAAAAGGAUAGCACAUGUUCCCUCAUUACAGAGUGCCAGCUUACAGAGGCCUGUUAUUACCACAGAAUUUGGUGCUAAAGUCCCAACAAACAUUCGUCAAAGAUAUCUCAAUCUCUUCAUUGAUGAGUGCCUGAAAUUCUGCCGUUCCUCCCAGGAAGCAUUUGACAAGGCUCUGUCAGAAGAGAAGGUGGCUUAUGAACGUAGCACCAGUCGCAACAUCUACCUGAAUGUGGCAGUGAACACCUUAAAGAAGCUCCGAAGCCUAGCGCCCAAUUCCCCGACCAGUAUGAACAAGACAAGUAACAAGAAAGUGGUGUCCCAUGAAGCUGUUCUGGGAGGGAAGCUUGCUGCUAAGACAAGCUUUACUCUAAACCGGUCAGGGAGCUUGAGAGCAGAGGAUUUAACAGGAGCCGCCUUAUACCGGCGACUAAAGGAGUAUCUGAUGACUGAGGAGCAGCUAAAGGAAAAUGGUUACCCAAUGCCUCACCCAGAGAAGCCCGGUCGCGCUGUCCUCUUCACGGCAGAGGAGAAGAAAACAAUUGACUCCUCCUGCAGGAUCUGUUGUCGCUGUGGCACCAAGUACAUGGUCUCACCCUCUGGAAACUGCAUUCGGAAAGAGGAGUGUGUCCAUCACUGGGGAAGGCUACGCAAGCAGAGAGUGCUAGGUGGAUGGGAAACUCAUUACAGCUGCUGCUCAGGAGCUGUGGGUUCACCAGGCUGCCAGGUUGCUAAACAACAUGUCCACGAUGGCCGAAAGGAGAGCCUUGAUGGCUUUGUGAAGACUUUUGAGAAGUUGCCUACGACUGAUGGCUACCCUGGAAUCUACGCGUUAGACUGUGAAAUGUGCUACACUAAACAAGGGCUGGAGCUGACAAGAGUAACUGUGAUCAACUCUGACCUGAAAGUGGUAUAUGACACGUUCGUCAAACCGGACACCAAGGUGGUGGACUAUAACACCAGAUUCUCAGGUGUGACAGAAGAGGACCUGGAGAACACUAGUAUCACCCUGCGGGAUGUCCAAGCUGUCCUACUGAACAUGUUCAAUGCAGAUACCAUAUUGAUAGGGCACAGCUUGGAAAGUGACUUAUUUGCACUAAAGCUUAUCCAUGGCACAGUGGUGGAUACUGCGAUUGUCUUUCCUCACCGACUGGGUUUGCCUUACAAACGGGCUCUCCGGACGCUGAUGGCAGACUACCUCAAGCGCAUCAUCCAGGACAAUGUGGAAGGGCACGACUCCAGUGAGGACGCCAGAGCUUGCAUGGAGCUGAUGGUCUGGAAGAUCAAAGAAGAUGCUAAAGUGAAACGAUAACUUGCCCAUUCUCUCUGUCCUGUUCCUCCUUCACCUUUUUGAAGCAAUGCAAUAAAUGUUCAGAGUAACACUGUCCACCUGUAUGUAGCAGCAUGCUACCCCAGGCUCCCCAUGCACUCGCAGGUAUCUAUGGGACUUAGACUGCUGCUGGCACAGCUGAAUGGCACUAGCUCACUGCUUGCAGGUCCCUGUGUCCAGAUAGUGGUGCUCAGAUCCUCUUUACUCCAACUCUACCUGAGGGAUACUCUGUGGUAUAAUAAUUGCCUUGUAGGCAUGGCAAGGUGGUUUUGAGUAGCACAACCAGAGAGAACUUCUUGGUUCCUAGGAGAAGCUUUUAGAGUUAGGUUGCAUAUGUGCAGAAGGAUCUUUCUGGUUCAGCUAAAGGUAGAUCUCUUCUUCUCUCUUCCCCCCCCCCCCCCCAACUUCAAUUGCCUCUGUACUCCAAAGCAGGGAGCUUCCCACAGUGUUUGGAGAUGGGGGGGAAAUGGAAGAAAGCUGGGCAGGAAGCUGUAAAGUGAGUGGAUUGUGUAGCAAGGUGUGAUGAGAGCCAAGGAUCAAGCCAUCUGGGAGGAGAUCCUAGUGCAGUCCCACUGUGGAGGAGAAAGCCAGAGCUGCGAGAGAGGGAAGCUGUCUCUGAGAGUGUGUGGUGGGAGCAGCAGGUCGGAGAGGAUUGAGAUGGUGUCAGGGGAAUUACUGCCUGCUGUGACCCAGGUGAUCUAGGUGAUCUUGUCAGCGAGGGCUGGCAUCCUGGUUCUGCAGUUGCUGCAAAAGGGGGAAACCACAAGUGUCAGACCUUGCCCAGACCUCAGGGAGCUGCAUGUGUAGUAGCGAGGCAACGGACAGCGGGGCAAAUUGGGCUCCCAAGGCCAAGCAGCAACUUGCAGCCUUCCAGGGGAGAAGCCAUGUUGGGGAGGACAGUGGUAAGAGCAGGCAUUGUGUCUUUGCGGGUUAGGACAUGCUGUCCCAACCCUGAGGUUCCAACAUGUCUCCAGUGAGCUCGUAUGCAGGGUUGAAGGUUUUUGGGGGGACCUGGGUGUAGCUAAGAUUGCACCUAAGGGUGGCCCCACCAGUCUGUCCCUGAUAGCAGGGACUUGAUGCAGGCAAGAGCAAAAGCAAUAGGUAAAAAUUAUUCUCUUAAACUAGUUUACAUGUUGGGUGUUUUAAGAGCAAAAGACCCAGUUACUGUCUGUCUGGCCCCCUGGACAAAAACAACAGUCAAGAGCGUGUCUCUGUACUUGCAGUGACUGGGGCAGGAGCACAGGCAGACUGGAUGGCCUGAGCUGUCUCUCUACCCAGGGAACAACAGGGAACAACAGCUGAUUGAAAUGGCCCCCGAUAGUUGAGGUCAUUUAGCUGAGGCCCAGGCAGUGGCUUAGCCCCAUUAUUAGAGCAGUGAUGGCCUUGCCCCUCCCAGGCAGGACUGGCAUUGCUUCCCAGUGGUGGCUGGUGUGGUGCUGGCCCCUGCUGGCUGUUGCUCCGGUGGCAGUGGGGCAGCGGAGCUCCUGGGUGUUUGGUUCCUGUCAGAGCUGGGUCUGGCUCGCUCCUUUGUAGCCCCUCUGGCAGUGCUGGGCUCAGGGUUUGGGGCCACACUGUAUGUCCCCCAGCACAUCCUGCUGAUGUGUCUCACCUCUGUGCCCAGCAUGGGGGAGGGGAGGAGCACGGGGCUGGGCUGUGUGCCAUGGGCAGGGGUGUCCUGCUCUGGGCCCUCUGUGUGGGCUGGAGGGUGCUGGUACGUGUGCAAGCCCUGGGAGGCUCUCCCCAUCCCACUGCUGUCCUCAGAGGUGAGGAUGUGGCUUCCAGGGCCUGACUGCUGCCAGGCUCUCCUGAAGCCACCAGGAGAAGUGGGGACUGUAAAGGCUCCUGUUAUUGCUGAGCCCUUCUGUGUUUCCUCUGGCAGGCAGUGCCGUGGGCUCCCAGCCUGUUCGUUACCCCACAUUUUGGGCUGUGCAGCUCCCUGCCACUUCCCCAGCUCUCUGUAGGGCACAUUGCACCCAGCUUUCCUCGUAACCCACCCUUGCCAAGUGUUGCAGCUGCUUCCUUCACUGCUGUGGAGCUUCCACGUCGAAGCAUCUUCGGCAUACCUUGUCUUGUCCCCCUCUCCCAUCGCCUGCAGGCAGCGAUGCUGUUCCUGCCCAGGCUGUGGGAGAGAUAGAAAGUUCAGUGCUCCCUAACAGGGGAGGGAAGGUUUAUUCCUGCUUCUGCCUCUUUCCCUUGUUUAUCCCCCCAUUUAUCUUCACCCCUGGCUGCAGUAAUGGAGCGUACCUGGAGCAGCCUGCCAAUCUACUGUGCCAGCUGCAUUAGAUUUCAAAGCCAGCUCUUGCCUUGAGGUUCCCCUGUUACUUGACAGGCAGCCCCAGCCCCCUGACCCUCUCCCACAGCAGCUGCUUUUCCUUCCCUGGAAAAGCUGGCACAUUUCUAACAUGGACCUGGUGUGCUGGUGUCUUGCUUGGGGAGCCAGUUGCUUGGCUUAACCCCUCUGCCUGGGCUUGGGGAAGGCAGAAUAUUGCUACAGGGUGCAUUCCUCCAGGCAUGAGUCCUGCCAGGCCAGGGGACCUCAGUCAUUUCCCCUUCCUUUCCUCAUGGUUCAGGUGGGACCUCCUAAAAUGAGGCUUUUGGAGUGGGUUGUGUGGCGGGGGGAGGUUGCCUGGCUUGUGGGGUGUUAGUGGGAAAGCAGACUGCUUCCACCCACGCUGUUGUUGUGGGUCAGAGCAAGCGUUGGACCACAGGCUGUCACCGCCUCCAUCCCCAGGCACCCUAACACUGCAAAACCAGAGGUUUGUAGUUGGCAAGAGGAUUUUGGGUUGUAUGUAAGCUAUUGUAACCCAUAACUUUUUUGUAAUUGUUUUUAAUAAAAGGGUGUUGAUUAG